UUAUUUCUUAAAGAACUAUGAAAAUUCUUGUAGUAUUAGCUUUAGUGCUGGCUUGCGUUUCGGCUGCCAGUAUACCCGAAACUCCUGUUUUUCUUAAAGACUUAAAACCUGCUAAAGUUAUUGAGGGACGUAUAACUAACGGUUAUGAAGCCUAUCCCGGUCAAUUCCCCUACCAAGUUGGUCUUUCACUAUCAUUUGGUGACUAUGACUCGUGGUGUGGUGGUUCAUUAAUUGGCAAUUCCUGGGUUUUGACAGCUGCCCACUGCACAGAUCGUGUGUUGUCGGUAACUGUUUAUUUGGGAAGCACUACACGCACUGUUGCUCAAGUUAAUCUCACUGUUGACUAUAAUUCUAUUUUCCAACAUACUGGCUAUAAUCCCAGAACCUUUGCCAAUGAUAUCUCUUUAAUCAGAAUUCCCGAAGUUUCUUAUACCGAUGAAAUUCAACCCGUUAAGCUACCAUCUCUUUCUGAAUCAUAUUCCAACUAUGCUGGCACUUGGGCCACCGCUUCUGGUUGGGGAUUGGAUCAAGAUUAUGGUUCAGUUACAGAGACUUUGAAUUAUGCCCAUCUUUUAGUUAUUCCUAAUGCUGAAUGUGCUAGAACUUACGGCUCAAUGAUUACCAAUAAUAUACUUUGCGUUGCCACACCUAGCGGCACAUCCACUUGUAAUGGUGAUUCUGGCGGUCCUUUAGUUUCCGACUUUACCAGAGAACUCAUUGGUGUAACAUCUUUUGGUUCGUUAGCUGGUUGUCAAAUUGGUUAUCCAGCUGGAUUUGCACGUGUAACCACUUACUUGGAAUGGAUUAGGCAACAUACUGGUAUUUCGUAUUGAUUAAUGUUAUU